UGAAGUUUGUAUGCGCGCGAAUAAAAAAUACUGUUUAUCAACCCAAAAUCGCUUAAAUUUCAAUAAAUAAAAUAAAUCCGCCAAUAUGUCUCUUUGGGUUGAUCGAUAUCGUCCCCGUGAGCUUGCUAAACUAGACUAUCAUAAAACGCAAGCUUCCCACCUGAUUAAUUUGUGCGCUCAAGGAGAUUUUCCUCAUUUGAUGUUGUACGGUCCGUCUGGAGCUGGUAAAAAAACGCGAAUUAUGUGUCUCCUGCGGGAACUUUACGGUCCUGGUGUUGAACGAUUGCGAAACGAAAUCAUGAACUUUACGACUCCAUCGAACCGGAAAGUAGAAAUAAUGACGGUAAGCAGUAAUUAUCACAUCGAAGUUAACCCAUCGGAUGCUGGAAUCUACGAUCGUUGCCAAACACAACAAAUUGAUCCGAGUGGACAGAGAGAAUUCAAGACAAUUGUGCUUUCGGAAGUAGAUGAACUUACUAAGGAUGCACAGCAUGCGCUUAGAAGAACUAUGGAAAAGUAUGUUGCAACUUGUCGUUUGAUUCUAUGUGUCAACUCUACGUCUCGAGUUAUCCCAGCAGUUAAGAGUCGCUGCUUGGGAAUUCGAGUUUCAGCUCCCAAUGAGGAAGAAAUUGUUGGUAUUCUGAAUAACAUCUGCAAAAAAGAAGGUCUUCACAUCCCAUCUGAGCUGGCUAAGCGAAUCACGGAUAAAUCGGAACGUAAUUUACGUCGGGCGAUUCUUAUGCUGGAAGCAUGCAAAGUCCAACAGUAUCCAUUUACCGUCAGCCAAGAGGUUCCAGAAAUAGACUGGCAGGUGUUUCUCAAGGAAACGGCCAACCAGAUUGUACAGGAGCAAAGUCCACAUAAAUUGGAAGCUGUUCGAGAACGCUUGUAUGAACUUCUGUCGCAGGGUGUUCCUUCUGAUAUUAUAUUCCGUGGACUGGUGGAAAAUCUAGUUAAAAAUUGCGACAUGAGCCUCAAAACCCAAACGUUAAAUUUCGCCGGAUUGUACGAGCAUCGAAUGCAGCAGGGAAGUAAACACAUCUUUCAUUUGGAGGCAUUUGUAGCCCAGUUCAUGGCUUUAUACAAAAAAUUUCUGAAUCAAGCUUCUGUUAUGGAUUUGGAUGAAUUUUGAAUAAUGCAGUUCCACGUUUUGUUUUUUUAUGAAUACAUUAUCUAGAAUACAUAAUAAAUGA